CCCGUCCGCAAACUUUAACCCCGCCUGCAGAGCCAUAGAGACAAGAGUCCGAGGACGGCCGCUGCCGCCGCCCCCUUUCUGGGGAAGAGAGAGACGGCCUGUGAGGGGAGGGGAGGCGGAGCGCCAUCAGGAUGGAGCCUGAGCCCUGGACCCACACCGGGGGUUCCGCUGCGGGGGCCUCUGCCGCCUUCCCGCCUGAGCCUCAGCCCCGCGAACAGGAACGGAAACGGCAGCAGGAGAAGCUCUCCGGGGUGGUGAAAAGCGUCCACCGGCGCCUUCGCAAGAAAUACCGGGAAGUGGGGGACUUUGAUAAAAUCUGGCGUGAACACUGUGAAGAUGAAGAAACUCUCUGUGAAUAUGCUGAGGCAAUGAAAAACCUGGCUGAUAAUCAUUGGGCUAAAACCUGUGAAGGAGAAGGACGUAUUGAGUGGUGUUGCAGUGUGUCACGGGAAUAUUUUCAAAAUGGUGGAAAGCGGAAAGCUCUGGAAAAAGAUGAGAAGAGAGCAGUUCUUACAGCCAAAAGUGUCCCAACCACAAGUGUUCAUCCAAUUUCAAAAACAGAAGAUUCUUCAGAAAAUCCAAACCACAGUUCUAUAACAGAUGAAUCACUCCACCCUUCAGGAAAAAUUAGACUACUUGACGUUGGCAGCUGUUUUAACCCAUUUUUGAAGUUUGAAGAAUUUUUGACUGUUGGCAUUGAUAUUGUCCCUGCUGUUGAGAGUGUCUACAAAUGUGAUUUCUUAAACCUUCAGAUUCAGCAGCCUCUUCAACUAGCACAAGAUGCCAUUGAUGCUUUUCUGAAACAGCUAAAAAAUCCAAUUGAUUCCCUGCCUGGAGAAUUAUUCCAUGUUGUGGUCUUCUCCCUCCUCCUUUCUUACUUCCCUUCACCCUAUCAACGGUGGAUAUGUUGCAAAAAGGCUCAUGAACUUCUAGUAUUAAACGGAUUGUUGCUUAUUAUCACUCCUGAUUCUUCCCAUCAGAAUCGCCAUGCUAUGAUGAUGAAAAGCUGGAAAAUUGCUAUAGAAUCACUGGGUUUUAAACGUUUCAAGUAUUCAAAGUUUUCUCAUAUGCACCUGAUGGCAUUUAGGAAGAUCUCACUUAAAACGACAAGUGAUUUGGUAAGCAGGAACUAUCCAGGAAUGCUGUACAUCCCCCAGGAUUUCAACAAUAUAGAAGAAGAUGAGUUUUCUAAUAAUUUCUGCUAUAUCCGAUCAGAUGCCGAAGAUGAACAACUGGCGUACAGCUUCAUGGAGCUUCCAGAUGCUCCCUAUGACUCAGACUCAGGAGAAAGCCAGGCCAGCUCUAUCCCGAUUUAUGAGCUAGAAGAUCCUAUAUUGCUUCUCAGUUAAUGUAAUACUUUAAGUCCAAACUACUGUAAAACUAAUUUUCCUAAACUGACAUCAUUUCUGUGCAUAAAGCAUUUGCAAAAGGAAGUGCAAAGGAUUUUGAGAACUGUCCCUAUUUUUUUCUACUUAGGAAUUUUAAAAUUUAUUCUUGUACAGAAAAGUUGAAGUAUGUCUUAUGCAGAAUGGCUUAAGUCAUAGCAUAAACAGAGUUUACUCUAAUAUUUGUAUCAGUAAAAUACUUCAGAAAGGUACCCGUCCCCCAGUGCUGUGAACUGUGAUUCUGAAAUAUGUGCUGAUGUGUCUUGAUUCAGUAUUUUUAUAUCUUUAUUGGUUGAAUUUCAUGCUGGACGUUCUCAGAAGUUUGAGCAAAAAAAAGGUACCCUAAUCAAUGGAAAUUAAAUGUUUAGGAAAGAUGUUUGGACAGCUUUAUUACCUUUUGAUUUGAACAAAAAAAUGGCAUAGGGAUGGAAUUUUGCUUGAAUUGGUCCUGAUCUAGUGAAGUGAGAAUAUCUGCAAAGUGGGUUCACUGAAGUUGUCUUUAGUUAAACAGUUGGAUUAUUCUGCAGAAAGUCAUUGUCUUGGAUAAUACAUAACAUAUAUAGGCGUAAGCAGUCUUUUCCAUCCCUUCAGAGUUAGAAUAUUAUUGUCUCUUUUAUUAUUAUAUUAACAUUGUUUAAAUGACAGUUUUUUACCCUGUUUUCACAAAGUAUUUUGCGGUAGAUAACUUAAGUAAUAAAUGGUCACUUCCAUAUGUCUCAGAUUUCAUGAAAGUACUAAAGGUUUGAUCAUCCCAGCCCUGCAAACUUUUAUUAACAUUUUUGUAAGGUUUCCCAUCACAUGUGAGUGAAAAUACUGUAAUAGGAAAUACUUGAAUGUUUCAGAGACUGGCUAGUGGCCUGGAAUGCUCACCUGCCAUAUGAAAGUUUUAAAGAUAUUCAGAAA